UUUCGAGACUUUGCCGAGUAAGGAUCAACGAGGAAAAUCGAAAAGAAAAAUAGCAAAGCCAUUUUUCUGCUACUCAAUCAUAUCAAGAAGAGUGAAAAAGUUCCCAAGAAAAUUAGCUCGUUUAGAUUUGCCGUAGACGGAACAUUAUAUACGUUAUUGAAAAAGUGUGGAAUCCAAUUUUCAGUAAAAAGGUUAAGAAUACACUGAAUUCAAAGGAAGUAGAGUGUAACAGCCGGAAGACCGUAGCGAAUUUUUCUUAUUAAAGAGAAAGUGCGACAUUGAAAAGACGACACACACUAGCAAACGUAUAGUGGAAGAGCGGUGAAGUUGGUCGUACGUUAACGAGAACUGACGGGAAUUUUUAUCGAUUUUUGCCAGUGAGACGAGUUUGGAUACGCUAGACGUCGCACGUAGCCACAGUGUCGGUUGUUUCGGAAGGUUGAAGCGCUUGUGUGUACAACUCGGAAAUAAAAAUCGAUAAACGUAACUUUAUUCUAUUAUUUGGUUGUGUCUGAAGUGAGAAGAUACCAAGUACAACGAAACGAUGGCUUUCAUGAUGCCAGUGAUGAAGAAUGAAUUCGACAUCUACAAAGGUCGACAACGGCGCGUAUCGGAGUGUUCCAAUAACAUUGCCUGCCGUUCGCGGAAAGUGUCGGAGAGCUCUAAAUCCGACUGUCCUAGUUUGUCGACUUCUCCAGGGAACGAGUUUGUGGCCAAUUCGCCAGCCCGUCACCGUAGUCACCCAAUGUACAUGUCGCAUCUGGCCACCUCCAGGCCGCAGUUUUCGCGUAACUCUUCGCGGACUUCCCAAACAUCAUUGAUUACAAGCCCGAGCAAGGCUAGUUCCGGCAGUAGUCCACCGAAACCGGCAUCUACCGAGAGUCAGAGCAGUUUGAACAAAUUUCACAUCCGUUUGGUGGACAAACUGCGUAAGUCGUUAGGGAAGAGUAAAUCCACCGAAGGCCGAUCAUGAGAAGAUAUGCCGAUAUCCAGUAGUGACCCUCCAGAUGCCGAUACGGAUCUGCGGGAUGAUGAAGACGAUGACGACGGAGCUGCGGAACAGGUGGUGAACGGAGAGCUGGUGUUGUCGGAUAGUAUCCUACAUGUUACGUCCAAACCGCCGCUCCCCCGUCAUCGUUCCAGUACUCCCAGGCGAACCAGCAGCUGCAGUGACGGUGGCCGUUGCCGUUCCAGGCGUGGCACUUUCAGUGCCCCGAGGUAAUUUCUGGCGGAAGCUUCUCGUGAGCAUAGCGGUAGUUAUUAUGAGAGAGGCGAGUGUAGAACUAAUCUUAUUAGCGUGGUAUAUGCUAUCCACGUGAUUAUAUAUUAUGAGACCAACAUCUGAACAUCAUCCAGGACAAACGGGUGCCAUUAAGUGUGAAGUUUAUUUUUGUUCAACAACGGCAAGGCGAUUUUUCACAUCGAGAUAUUGAGGUACAUUUAGAUUUUACUCUGCAUAUGUUGUAUUCUACAGCCUUAAAAUGUCAAAAGUAGUUUGGUUCUAAUUUAGGAGGCAGCAGCUUUAGCUAUUCAGUCAAAAAUUAAACGAUUAAUUACUCCAUAGACAAAGAACAUAUCUCUCCUUUUAUUAAUUGGCAAAUGCAAACAACUCCAGAGACAAAGCACUGAAUGAAGACAUCUUAUGUAUCACAGAUUCGCUUCGUUGCUCAACGUUGACCAAGAAAAUCGCUUUAUUAAAUAAUCGAUGUUUUGCCGCAUGAGGACAAAUUGUAUGGAAGCAAACGAAACUUAUGUAAUACAUGCUAUAUGCAUAACCAACAGAAAUAUCAUUGGCAAUGCUUGUAGAUGUGAACUACUCUUUAAACGUGAGCUAUAUGUAUAUGUAUGUACCAAAUAUUCUAAAUAGUUUGGUAUUCAAAAGCAAACCGCAAACGGUACCUAAAGACACAGCAAGUCAGAACGAAAUAUAUUAAACUAAUCUAAUCCAAAUCUGUGAUAUGUUCUGAAUAUACAUAGAUUUACAUUAGACUAUUUAAAAAUCAGAAAUAUUAUACAUUAUAUACACGGUUUUACUCAAUCAGCCUACUAUUCGGGCCCGAUAUUGGACAAACACACCAAAUUAUCACGGUUUUAGUGCAAAAGCGAAUCUUUCCGCCUCCGAGAUGAUACACAAAAUGUAAACAAAGAUAGAUGUCAGCCUGUGUGUUCAUGUCUUGUGCUUGGGUGUUUCUUGGAAUGGAACGCACUGGAGUGGAGAGGAAAGCAAAACAAAAUAUUUCACCUCGACGAUGACGAUCGAGACGGCAGGCAUAGUUUAUAACAACGCAUUAUUACACGAAUACCUUUCCAAUAUGCAUGUGAAUAAAAACUGAUAAAAGUUAGCAGCUGUGAUUUGUAUUAUGUUCCAAUAGCAAACAAAAAGUGUGCGCUAGGUAAGCACUAAGACAUUUCGAUUCUUUUAUUUGCUAGUUUUGACCAAAAUCUGGAAAUCGACAAACCGGGCAGUGCUGCUUGCAACACAAUCACAAACAAAUGGCAAUGGAUUUGUUUUUGAUUCUACUCAUGGUGUAGAACGGCAGGUCAAUGCUUCACAUUGAAAGUUUAUUCCCACCAUGUGAUUUGUUUGCGAUUGAUACGUUGAAUUCACAUAUUUAAGUGGCAUAUAUCUUUGUUAAAAUUUGAAUCUAAACUGAUUGGUAUACCCUAUAUACUUGACACUUUUUUUUUUUUUGUUACGCGUGUCUUUUUGUCAAGGAAAUGCAGUUGUUUAGGAUACAAUGAAAUAUUCAUUGAUACACUUGAAAAGCAAUAAUGAAACUUUGAAGGAAUUUCUCUUAAUGACAAAUUUGUUAGCAGACUAAACAGUAAACAUUUACAAAGUAUUAAGUUCAGGAUUAUUCUCUAAUAUCGUUUUCUUUUCAUUUUAACAAACAAUCCUUCCGGUCUAACCUUACUCUACUAUUUUUUCUUAAAAGUUGUUACAUACUUAUUUGAUCGGCAAAAUGGUUUUCACUCCAAAAAAGCCUUCAUAUAUGUUCUAUUAUCUCCUCUGUAAAUGUUUACAUAUUACUUUCAAGAUCUAGCUUGCGAAAUAAAUAUAACCCUGAUGUAUAUAUGUCCUGCUAAGAUAGAUUUCGUUUCCCACACAAAUAUUCUAUUUAAAUGACUUAUGACACAAUUUAAUAGUAUUAGCGAAACACAUGAACAAGAAAUCAAAAAAUUAACCCGAUACUAAUAUCACGCAAAAUAAAGCUUUAUUUUAAUUGAAGACUGCUGCUUAGGUUAAAUUGUAGUUUAUGUUCUCAUAGAGGAUAGCGAACCAACAAGUUACUAUAACUAGAACGUAAGAUUGUCUGUAUUUAGCUUCUGCUGGUACAGACGUUAGCCGAUGGCGAUUGAUUUCAGUCCAUCAAAUUUUUGUAGUUAACUUUAGGGUUGAAAUUUGUAUUAGCAUUAUAUGUCUAAUAUUUUCUCCCACUCACAUCUGAGGUGUGUGAUUUGCAGUUUUAGAAAAAAAUAACUAAGGCAAGAAAUCAGGUAAACAUUGAUUUGGAACCGAGAUUGGAACUACCUUAAAAAGUACCUACUUCCCCAGCCAAACAAAAACAAUAGCAAAACAUUCCACUUUGUCAAUACAGAAUUUGAAGAGAAUUUAGUCAUUUCAUGGUUUCCUUAUGUCAAAAAGUUUGUCGUCUAAAUUCAACGAAUCAACUUAGUUUUUGUUUGUAUGUGUUUUAAAUAUUUGUACUAUUUAGUAUUAAGCUGAAAACAUAUAUAUUUUAUAUAAUCAUAUGAUUGAUUGGAACAUAUGACAACGUAAACAUGAUACCUUGAAAGGAAAAUAAAUAUUACUAUUACAAAAAUGUA